CCCGACCCAAGAUGGCGGCGGCCAGCAGCAGCGUGUCCCGGCGGCGCCGUCCUCGCCCCGGUUCCGCUUCCGGUUCCGGUGCCCUUGGACCGGGUCGGGUUCACCGGCGACCGGAACCGGGACGGGUCAGAGGUCGUGACCCCCGUGGGCGCCGUGCGCAGGCGCAGAAGGAUCCGUUCCCAGGCCCCGCGGCCUUGAACCCGGAGCUGGUGAAGCGGUUCCGGAGGGGGGGAGGGGAGAGAGCGCCUCGCCCCCGAGCCCCAAGGCUCCGUCGGUGCCUCCAGAGCUCAGCCCAGAGGGAGGAGGCAGCAGCUGAGAGAGCAGCAAGGACAGAACUGAUGCUGCCCCUGGAGCCAGGGUUCCUGGAGCCGGAUCCGGGUCAGGACUCCAGCACCAUCACCCAGGGGGACAUUGUGGAGGCCGUUGACAUUGCCAGUGCUGCCAAGCACUUUGAGCUCCGCUUGGACCAGUUUGGGCCCUACAGGAUUGAUUAUACCCGUAAUGGGAGACACCUGCUCCUGGGGGGUCGCCGGGGUCACGUGGCCGCUCUGGACUGGCAGACGAAGCAGCUGCAGUUUGAGAUGAACGUCAUGGAGCAGCUCAAUGAUGUCACGUGGCUGCACUGUGAGUCCCUGCUGGCUGUGGCCCAGCGCCGCUGGCUCCAUGUCUAUGAUGGGCAGGGCCUGGAGCUCAGUGUCCUCAAGAGCUUCCCCUGCAUCCUACACCUGCGGUUCCUGCCCUACCACUUCCUGCUGGCUGCGGCUAGCUCUCGGGGGCUGCUGCAGUUCCUGGACGUGUCUGUGGGGCAGGAGGUGUCAGUGCUCAGCACACAUGGGGGGCGACCCACAACCAUGGAGCAGAACCCGAGCAAUGCGGUGCUGCAUGUGGGGCAUGGCAAUGGCACCAUCACCCUAUGGAGCCCAUCGGUGCAGGAGCCCCUGGUCCGGAUGCUGUCCCACCGCGGUGCUGUGCGGGCCCUUGCCAUAGACCCCAGCGGCACGUACAUGGCAUCAGCAGGGCUGGACCGCAAGGUCCGGCUAUGGGACCUCCGCACUUAUGGGGCGCUGCAGGAUCUGGUGCUCCCUAUGGGGGCCUCACACCUUGACUUCAGCCAACGUGGGCUCCUGGCUGCAGCCUGUGGGGAUGUGGUGCAGGUCUACAAGGACAUCCCCAAGACCCUGUCCCCCCAUCCCUACCUGUGCCAUCGCCCCCCUGGCCCCACAAGUGCCCUUCGCUUCUGCCCCUAUGAGGACGUCCUUGGCACUGGGCAUGCUCAUGGCUUCACCAGCAUCUUGGUCCCAGGGGCUGGGGAAGCCAAUUGGGAUGCAUUGGAGAACAACCCCUACCGCAGCCGGAAGCAGAGGCAGGAAUGGGAAGUGAAGGCGUUGCUGGAGAAGAUCCCUGCGGAGCUGAUCACAUUGGACCCAUCCCUAUUGGGCCGCAUGGACACGGCCACACUGGAGCAGAAGAGGGAGGAGCGCAUCCAGCGACUGGGCUUUGACCCCCAAGCCAAGCCCAAGUUCAAGCCAAGGCACAGGACCAAGGGGAGCAGUGGCCUCCGUCGCAAGAAGAAGGUUGCCCAUGAGCAGCAAAGGGCUGUGAUCCAGAAGAGUGUGGAACAACGGGAGCAGAAGAGGAAGGAGAUGGGGACCCCCCUGACCCCCAAGCGUGGGGCCCUUGAGCGCUUCAAGAGAUAACAUGGGGGGCAAUGGACACCCCCAUAUAUGGGGGUCCCCAAUGGGUGUCACCCCCAUAGUGUGGGGGUCCUCAAUGGGUGUAUUCCCAUUGUAGGGGUCCCCAGUGGGUUCCUCCAUCCCAUAUUGGGGGUCCCCUGGGUGCCCCUACCCCAUAUUGGGGGGUCCCCAUUGUGGAACACCCCCCAUUCUAGGGGUACCCCAAUAUAUGGGGUCCCCAGGGUUGUUUCUCCACCCCCAUAUUGGGGGUCCCAGUGUGUCCUGUGUCUUCCCCCCAUACCAAGGGUCCCCACUUUGUGGGUCACCCCCAUUAUGGAGGUCCCCUGGUGGCCCCCCACCCCAUAUUGGGGUGCCCCCCCCAAACCCCCUUUAUUAAAGCCUUUUGGUGCCACCCC